CGCAUUCUGAUGAUCAGUCUGAAAGCUUCCUGGAACAAUCACAAUAUGAGGAACCUAAAAAUGUCUCAACAGAUGAUAAUGAAGAUAAAAGUGAGAAAGUAGGUUAUACUUGUGAAAUUUGCCAGCAUUUGUGUUCAAGGGAUCUUGAAAGGCAUUUGAUUGUUGAGCAUAUGAAUUGUCUCCUGUACCAUUGUUUACUUUGUGAUCAGUCAUUUAAAACCACUCAUGAUGCAAUGGUUCACUGUAGGGAGAUACACAAAGAUAAAACUAAAUAUUUCAAAGUGACAUUGCCUGAUCAAGCUAUCAACAAAGUUCCAAGUAAUCUUUCAUUUGGAAAUAAGGAGUGGAUGGAAAAAUAUUCUGAAGCCUAUGUGGAACAGCUGAAAACUAUGGAAAAUGCUAAAGAUGAGCC